GAUUUAUAAUUUUACUUAACAGAUAAAGUACCAUUGGCUAUACCAUCUGAUUCAUUAGCUGAAAAAAAUGAUAACCCUAUCUGUGACUCAGCCUAUAAGCCAAUGCUACAGGUCUCUAAUAAUGAACAUACUCACCACUAUCCAGACAGCAGCACUGAGAAAGAAACUGCCUUACUGGCAAACAGUUCAGCGCCACCAUGUUCGUCUUACGAUUGUUCAGAAACAUGUCUUCACAAUUUCAACUAUUAUGAAUUGAUGCAGAGGACUGGUAACUUUGAUGAGCGUCCAGUAUCACUUGGUGGUAGUAAGAUUGGUGAGGGAGGGUUUGGAGUUGUGUACAGAGGCUACAUAAAUAACAGAAUGGUGGCUGUGAAAAAAUUGACAGCAGCACUGGAUCAGCAUAAUGUCAGCAUGGGGGAGCUGAAACUUCAGUUCAGUCAAGAAAUUAAAACUUUGGCUAAAUUGAAAAAUGAAAACCUGGUUGAGUUACUUGGCUUUUCUAAUGAUGGAGAACACCCCUGCCUGGUUUAUGCUUACAUGUCUAAUGGAUCAUUGCUGGAUAGAUUGGCAUGUCUGGAUAACACAGCUCCACUUUCUUGGAAUAAAAGAUGCAGUAUUGCUGUAGGUACAGCCAAUGGAUUAAAAUAUUUACAUGAAAAUAAUCAUAUCCAUCGUGAUGUUAAAAGUGCAAACAUCUUGUUGGAUGGUCUGUUUGUUCCUAAGAUUUCAGACUUUGGUCUUACUCGAGCAUCAUCAUGUUUAACACAAACAAUGUUGACUGAGAAAAUUGUCGGUACAACUGCAUACAUGGCACCAGAGGCAAUGCGUGGGGAGAUUACUCCAAAGUCAGAUGUUUUUAGCUUUGGCAUUGUCUUAUUAGAAUUAAUAACAGGACUUCCACCAGUUGAUGAAUCUCGUGAACCACAAUUACUGUUUGAUAUCAAAGAAGAAAUUGAAGAUGAAGAAAUGUCUAUUGAGGAUUACACUGAUAAAAAAAUGCAGGACUGGGACUCUGUGACAAUUGACAAAAUGUAUUUAACUGCAAGUCAGUGUUUAAAUGAAAAGAAGAAUAAGAGACCAGAUAUUAAAAAGGUAUAUAAUUCAUUGCAAGAGAUCUCUUCAGUUGCUUCAGAAUGAGAUGAAGUUUUGACUCUCUGAUGCAAGUCACAACAAAUGUUAUUGAGAAUACAGCAGAAAGUUUGGAUCUCUGAUAGCCACAUUAUUCUGGUCAGUGUUGUUUGAAUGUGAGAUGAGGAAUCUUAAAUUGGACAUCGGUGACUGAGAAUUGGAAACUCGCCACCUUGUGUCUGUUCUGCCAUUUGAUAUAAUUGUGGUCGAUCAGGUUGUAGUCUUUGUUGCACUUCCCUGUCUACCUCUCAUAACUAUAUCUAAUAUCUGUCUAGCUCUUCCUUAAACUCAAAUGUCCCUGCCUCUACUGCUUUAUUGGGAAGAUAAUUCUACAUACUAACAGUUUUAUGAAAGGAAAAAGAUCUCAUCGCCUUAAGACUGAGACCUGUUAUUAUUAAACUGUAUCUCUUGGUUCUUGUCUCCUGCACUGAAGGAAACAUCCUCCCUGUAUCUACCCUGUCAAGCCGCCUCAAAUAUUAUGUGUCUUAUAAGUUCACGUCUCAUUCUUCUAAAUUCUAAUUGGUAUAAAAUCUAUCAUCAUAAAAUAAGCCCUUCAUCCCAAGAAUGAGUCGAAUUAAAAACUGAAAAAGACGAAUUGACCUUCCAGGAACUGCUUCUAAUGCAAUUUCGUUUUUUUUAAUAAGCGAACCAAAAUUGUCAAACAGUUCUAUAGCCGGCUCUAUACAGUUGCAAUAAAAUUUACUUUUAUUUGCCAUAAUGCUUGCAAUAAAUUCCAGCAUUCCAUUUGCUUUCCUAAUCAUUUGUGUGUUUGCAUACUAACAUUGAGUUUCACAUAUCAGGACACCUAGUUCCCUCUGGGUUUUGCAAGCUCCCUCUAUUCAAACACUGCUUUUGUAUACUUCCUGCCACAGUGGACAAGUUCAGGUUUUUGACAUUGCGUUCAGUCUGCCAGGUUUUUGCUCACUUACUCACUUAUUUGUGUACCUUUGCAGACUCUCUACCAACUAUUGACAACUUACUUUCUUGCCUCCUUUGGUGUCAUCAGCAAAUGUAACUACUAUACAAUUAAUACUUUCGUCCAAUUUGUUGUAAAUUGUUGGGGAUCCAACACUGCAUCAUGUGACAUUCCACCACUUGCUGUUUGCCAAUCCAAAAGGUGCAUUUAUUUCCAAUUCCCUAUUGGUGACCAAUCCUUUAUCCAGAACAUAAGAACUAGGAGCAGUAAUAGGCACCUCAACCCCUUGAGCCUGCUCUAUCAUUUGAUAUAAAAAUAGCUAAUCUCACAUCAGUCUCAACUCCAUUUUCCUGCUCGCUCCCAAUGAUCCCUUAACCCAUUAACUCAAUACUAAUUGAAAGUCUGUCUUCAUCUCUGUCUUGAAUCUGCCACCCCUUACCUUUUAAAACUGUGACUUCGCAUUCUAGAUUGCCCCACAAGUGGAAGCAUCUACUGUACAUCUACUUUGUUGAUCCCCUUCAGCAUCUAAUAGACCUCAAUUAAAUCUCCUCAACCUUGUAAACUCUGGGGAGUAUAGGCUUAAACUGCUCAAUCUCUCCUUAUAUGACAAGCCUUUCAUCUCUGGAAUUAAUGUAAUUCAGAGAAGGCUCACUGUCUCCAAUGCAGUUAUGUUUUUCCUCAAGUAUCUGUGUUAAUAUGUUACCCCCCAAUAUCAUAGAUUAUUACCUUGUGGGAUAACCUUUGAUGCAGAACUUUAUUAAAUGCCUGUUGCAAAUUUAAGUGCUCCAAAUCUACAGGGUCCCCCUUAUCCAUUCUGUUUUCUUCAAAAAAUGCUAAUAGUUAUAUAUGAUAUCACUUUCACAAAGCUUUAUUGAUUCUGCCUUAUCACAUUAUAGCUGGAUACUUAGAAAAUCAUAACCUCAUCAUUAUGGAUUUUCACAAUUUCCCGAAGGCAGAUGUUAGGCUAACUAGUGUACAGUUGCCUGCUUUCUGUCUCCUUGCUUUCAUGUAUAAAGGUGUUAAUGUAAUUUGCAAUCCUUUUGGUUUCCUUUCUGAAUUUUGGGAAUUUUGGAAGAUCAUAAAUACCUUAACUACCUUUGCAGGCACUUCUUUUAAGACCUUAGGAUGGAGGCCAUCUGGUCUGGGGUAUUAACCAGGCUUUAAAUCCCAAUAGUUUUCCCACCACAUUUUUCCUGGUGAUGUUGAUUGUUUUGAUGCCUUCCCUCCCUUUCUUUGUGUUAGUAUCUUUCGGAAACUUUGUCUUCUACAGUGAAGACAGACACAAAGUAUCUAUUAAAUUCACCUAACUUUCCAGAGAAAGAACAGUAGUUAUAGUAACUCUCUUCCUUUUAAGUACAUGUAGAAACUCUUACCUUUUGUUUAUAUAUUACAGGCUAGCUUUUUCUCAUACUCAUUUUUUAAGCUAUACUUUGGUCAUCUUUUAAGAACUAGCAAUCUUUUGAUCUUUACAGAUUUGUACAGUUUUUCUUUCGAUUUGACGUAAUCCUUAACUUCCUCAAAUAGCCACAGAUGAUGUCUCUUGCUUUCUCACUAGGAUAAAUCUUUACUGAGAGUUAUUAGAAGUCUUAAAUCUCUACUAUCAUAUAUUUUGAUCUGUUUUCCCAGUUCAGUUCAGCCAACUCUGCCUUCAUAGUUAUUUCUUAAUCAACCUGUUCAGGCUUGUUAUGACAUACUCUGGAACAGGUGGGACUUGAAGCCAGGCCUUUUUGCUGGAUUAACAUAAACUUCAAUAGGGAUUCGGUCAGUCAGUUUAAAUAAAACUAAGGAGUGAACAUGAUAUAUGAAGUAAAGGCAGGUAAAUAGAAUUGAGGUACAAAUGAAAUAUGGUUUAACAGAAUUACAGAAUGGGCCCGGCUGAAUUGCUUGCACAUGUGUAUAUAUUGGCAAUAUUUCUGUAAUCCUUCCAUAAAAUCUGAAAAAUAUAUUCACUAAGUGGGCCCCAGCUCAAAGGUAAAAUACUGUAGAUACUGGAAACCUGAAAUAAAACACAAAAAAAAUGCUGCAAAUCAGUUCCACAGUAGCUGGGAAAUGGUGGUGGUGUACCCAUGCAUUUUUUAGUCAAUUUUCUUCUAAGCAUUCAAGGUUGUGAAUUUGGAAGUGCAGUCAAAGGUAUGUUGGCAAGUGCUGCAGUGUAUCUUGAUUUUGAUGCACUGCACUGCAUCAAUGGUGGGGUGAAUGAAUAUUUAACAUAGCAGAUUGAGUGUCAGUGAAGUUUUUCUUUAAAUGGUGUUGAUCUUGACUGUUAGAGACUUGCUCAUCCAAGGGAGUGAAGAUGUAUUCCAUCACACUGAUUUGUGCCUUUUACAUGAGUAACAGACUAUUGUGAGUCAGAAGAUGAGUUACUUAGCGCAGAAUUUCCAACCCUUGACUGCUAUUGUAACCACUUUUUUUUUACAGCUGGUUCAGUUAAGUAUCUGGGCAUUGGUAACUUCUAGGCUGUUGAUAGUGAAAGGUCUUUUUCUUCAGUCUUUGUACUUGCAUUAAUGCUCUUCUUGAGCUAAUUUUUUAGAUUCCCAAUUUAAAUAUUUCUAACCAGUGUACUCAAGCUUGAUUCUCUGCUUUUUAGAUGAGUCAGUUUUGGUUAUCUGUUUAUCGGCUGAGGUUGAUCUUUUUUUGUUUCCGAUAAUUACUUUUAAACUUCACAGAUGCUCUUGGUCUGCAAACGGUAUUUAUAUCAUUUUAGUUACAAUUUUGCAGAGCAUGAGAGUUCAGUUGUGUGUCCAAAGCAAAAAUAGUUUUCACGGGCGUAUCAAUCUCUCUUAUGAACUGAGAUUUUCACCCUUUCACACAAUGUAAAUGAGAUGUCGAUGAUAACCUGGUUAUUGUGUUAUCUUUGCAUUAUGUGGGUUCUUCUAUCCAUUUCAAGAGAGUAAAUGUCAAAGCAUGUUACUUAAGUUAAAACUAAUAGUCAAAUUUGUUUACAAUCCAAUAUAAUUACAGAGAAGGGACACAGCAAGUUAGUAGUAAUAAAGUACUAAAACUGUUUUUUGUAAUAACUAAGUGCAACUUGUUUUUUUAUUGUAAUACUACCUCACUGAACUGCUAAGAAAUUAAAAUGAAGUUUAUGAUUAUUGUGAUCAUUGCAUGAUAAAUCUAUCCAUUACAAAUUGAUUUUAAUGCUCCUUCCACGGACCACGUGGACAUAAAUACUAUUUUGACAGCCUGCUGUACAACUUAGAUUUCUAGUUCUAGAACUGACUGGUCAAUGCUUUUCUAAUAGAAAUCUGACUUCUCUUGGACUCAAGUGUUGUUGCUGAAAUUACAUUUGCAACUGCUCAACUUACCAACUUUCCUGAUGAAUUAGCAAGCAUAAUAUUUUAAUGCUAUUGUACUUUUGAAUGUAGCCAUUUGCAAGUCUAAAUACUGAUUUAAUAUGUACAUAGAAAAUUAUUCAUGGCUUAUUAUGAGCUUAAGUAUAAUUUAGACUUUACGUUAUCUCUAAAAACAUUUACAACAUUGAGAGAAUUGUGAUGUUGAUUAGUGAAAUAUUUAUUUCAUUCACAUUGUGUUGGAUUAAAGAUUGCAUAUGUGCCAGAUUAUUUGCAAUGCAAAGUGCAACAGUUUUUUGGUUUAUAAAGUCAUGAUGGUAUUA